AUGCAAGCUGCCGCCUCCACCGCACCAGCGAUACUGGCCGCGGCUCGCCGCCACGCGCCGGCUCGGAAGAGGGGCUGUCGGCAGCGCAGCAGAGCGGCAUGCGUCGUCAUUCGAGCAGCACCAGGUCCCCUCUUCGACGUGACGGCCGCUCCCGGAGCCGGCCGUGUGGACUGGCACGCCGUCAAGAGCGACCUGCUCGACCUCUUCUCGCGCUCUCAGUCCGUCUGGCCGGCGGACUACGGCACCUACGCUCCCUUUUUUGUGCGCCUCGCUUGGCACAAUAGUGGCAGCUACCGCGUCGCCGAUGGGCGCGGCGGCGCCGAGGGCGGCCGGCAGCGCUUCGACCCUGAGCGCUCUUGGCAGGACAACACCAAUUUGGAUAAGGCGAGGAACCUGCUCGCCCCGCUCAAGCUCAAGCACGGCCCCGCGCUGUCCUGGGGCGACUUGUUCAUCCUCUCUGGCACCGUCGCGAUCGAGGCGAUGGGCGGGCCCGUCCUCGGCUUUUGCGGCGGCAGGAUCGAUGACCAGGACGGCUCCGACUCCCUCGCGCUCGGCCCUUCGCCCGAGCAGCGAGCCUUCCACCCGUGCCCCGUCAACGGCAACUGCACGCCGCCGCUCGGCGCGGUUGCCGUGGGCGAAACUAAGAGCCUGAUCUACGUCGACCCGGAGGGCCACAUGGGGGUGCCGGACCCGGUCCGGUCGGCGGCCGACGUGCGAUGGACCUUUGCGGGCAUGGCCAUGAACGACACAGAGACGGUUGCGCUCAUCGGCGGCGGGCACGCGUUUGGCAAGACGCACGGAGCGUGCCCUGCCGGCGCGGGCGCUCUCCCGCGCGACGACCCGGCCAACCCGUGGCCGGGCCUCUGCGGCUCUGGCCGCGCCGCCGACGCCUUCACCUCGGGCAUCGAGGGCCCGUGGACCACGCGGCCAACGCGGUGGGACAACGAGUACUUCCACAACGCGUUCGCCUCGAGCCCCGCGGCUCUCGACAGCGCCUUUGCGGCGGCCUGGUACAAGCUGGUGACGCGGGACAUGGGGCCGCACGCGCGCUGUGUCGGGCCAUGGGUGCCACCCCCGCAGCCUUUCCAGUUCCCGCUGCCCAAGCCGCCGCCGGAGCCGGUCGAUUAUGCGGAGGUCUGGGCAGCAUUGCACAAAGGCGCGGACCCGCUCCUGCCGGCUGCCGACGCGGCCGCGCUCGCGUACGGUUGCGCGGCCUCGUAUCGGUACACAGACAACCAGGGCGGCUGCGACGGCGCUCGCAUCCGCUUCUCCCCCGAGGUCGACUUUCCUGCGAACGCUGGCGCACUGGAGGCGAUUGGCAAGCUUCGCGGCGUCAAGAAGGCGUUCGGUGCGCGCCUCUCGUGGGCCGAUCUCAUCACCCUCGCGGGACACGCCGCCGUCGCGCCUCACUCGGGUCCGAUGCCGUUUUGCGGCGGCCGCACCGACGCAACCGACGGCGCGGGCUCGCGCUGGCUUCAGCCGCUGUCGGCGCCGUCGUCGGCCGCCUACUUCAAGGAGCACCCGACGGGCCUCACCGCCAGGGAGGUGCUCGCUGUGUGGGCGGCAGCAAGCCGCGCGGUGGCGGCGACGCGCCGGCCGCCGGCCGAUUUCUUCCGGUGGGUGGCCCUCGCUACGCCCACCGAGGUGGCAGAGAUGCCCGCCGAUCUGCGCGUGGUCCACGACGACGCGGAGCUGCGCGAGGCGGCCCUCGACUUCGCCUCCGACCCGGCCGCGCACAAGGCUCUGCUCGCGAAGGCGUGGCCGCGACUGAUGUCUCUUGGCCGAUUCGACGGCCCCGCCUCCAGCCCGUGCGACGACCCUGCGGCGACUCUGAUGCUUCCGCCGACCGACGCGCCCGCGCCGCGCGCCUCAUCCCACUAACUCCGACUGGCCGCAACUUUUGUGUGUAUUAGCGCGUCCAAGGCAGGCGUGGUACGCAUCUGACCUGGCUUGUUCGUGCGACUCUCCGAGACUCCCGUGGGUGUACAGUACAGCCUCUGUGUAUGCAGUAUGGUCACGCUGCGCGUCAUGGCCGUGAGCGGUGACCUGAGUCUUCUCCGGUCUCCGCCUUACCCUUACCGCCACCCGUGUAUACCACAGAGGGGCCACUUGGUUUAAAGUCUGCUCGGGAC